GCAAGACUUUUGGCCCCAACCUUCGUACUGUAUCAAUUAUCUUAAGUGAUAUUUUCCCUUAAUACAAACUUAGUACCUAUGCAUGAUGACCCUCAAAAAAGGUAUUAGCUAGUAGUCGCGUGGUCAAAAUCCAACAACGCUCUUCAAACUUCCAGAUAUCUCGUUAGCAAUAAUUUCAUAAAAAAAUAACCCAUGGCUCCACGAUGACGGAUACAGAUAUGAAAAUCGACCCGCAAAGAGCCGCCGCUCUAGUAUCGCAGAUUAAAACCGUGCGCGAGCGCAUCGCUGCUGUGGCCAACGGCCGCGAUGUUCGCCUAGUCGCUGUCUCGAAGCUAAAGCCAGCCAACGACAUCCUCGCGUUGGUGCAGCAGGCCUCGCCGCCGCAGCUUCACUUCGGCGAGAACUAUGCCCAGGAGCUGAGCCAGAAGGCCGAGCUGCUACCGCGAAGUAUACAGUGGCACUUCAUCGGCGGCUUACAGUCCGGCCACUGCAAAUCCCUCGCCAAAAUCCCCAACCUCUUCAGCGUCUCGAGCAUCGACACCGAGAAGAAAGCCCAACUCCUCGACAAAUACCGCGGCGAAUAUCUCUCCUCCCUCCCUCCCCCAUCCUCUCCCCCAUCCCCAUCCCCAACCAACACCCCCGUCCCCGCCCCCGGCAAAAUCAACAUCCACAUCCAAGUCAACACCUCCGGCGAAACCAGCAAAUCCGGCUGCGCCCCCGGCGCCCCCACAAUAUCCCUCUGCCGAGCCGUUGCCGCGCUCCCCAACCUGCACCUCCUAGGGCUAAUGACGAUCGGCGCCAUCGCGCGCAGCGUCGCCACGACCCCCGAGACCGAGAACGAGGACUUCCUGUGCCUGCGCGAGCAGCGCGACCUGGUCGCUGCCGAGCUGGGACUGGCGCCCGAGGACCUGGAGCUGAGCAUGGGUAUGAGCGAGGACUACGAAGGGGCGAUCGUCGCGGGCAGUAGCGAGGUGCGUGUCGGGAGCACGUUGUUUGGUGCGCGGGGGCCCAAGAGCGAGGCUAAGAUUAUGGUGUAACUUACGGUAUCUGCCUUGAGUUUUGGUAAUGGCAUGUAGGUAUAGACCGGCCCCUGGCCUAAACGUGUGUCUAGCAUAAUAUCCAGUCAGGGGGCGUUUACAAAGACCAACUUAGAUCACAAAAUUCACCAAGAAUGAAUUAACACACUAUCAAGCAUACCAAA